AGCCAACUAUUCUGCGCUUCUCGUGCAAUGUGCAAUCCUCUUGUUCCACGCACGUGUACGUCGUGCGCUGGUGGUGGCGCGUGGUCGUGUUGCAGGACAGGUGGUGUGGUGGACCACCACCGGUGGUCGCUAGUACUGAAUAAGCGAGUGGUGCCUCCUUGGAUGGGUGGUUUAAUUGUGGGUGGGUGAUCAGCGUGUGCUGGUGUAAAUGAGGUGUUUGAUGACGAAAACAGCAAAACAAUUUCGGCUUGUUGACACUGGCAAGAAAUCCUAUUCCUGGUUAUGUCGGUAUACUUAAUUAAACGUUGCACUAUCCCCAAAUUAAAAGAUGCCUUGAUUUGAAAUGUUGUUUUGAGCAUCUCUCCCCUUUCACCAUACGACAAAUCUUUUCGUGAAAUCGUCACCGUUUUCCCUUCAUGCUCAAGUUGUUGAGUCCUAAUAAAGUUCAGAUGGAUUUGUAUGGACUCUUUCAAGUAUCAGAAAACUUGGUUGUUCUGGAGGCCACUGUUGCUUCUGGUUUGGAACCAUUGGCUGUUUCUGAAAUUAAAGAAAAGGUUCCUUUUAUAUCCCAGUUAUGUAGAGCAAGAGGAAGAGUUUUUUUCAGUACCUAUGUUGAACACGUUCAACAGAUCCUAUUGCUUCGCUCUAUUGAUCAUUUAUAUCUUAUUGUAUCAACUGGUAAAGAUAUUAAUUUGCAAGAAAAGGAUUCAGCAUUAUCAUCUGUGGAAAAAUUGAUUGAAUUUCCAAACUGGAAUAAAGUAAUAGAUAUCUGGAGGAGUGUGUCUAAAUUUAAAGGAAAAUGUUUUCCAUCAAAAGAAGAAUAUCUUGAAGCAUCUCUGAAAGAAACAAGUUUGAAACAGAUAGUGCAAGACUUGUGGAAAGAGAGGGAGGUGAUUGAAGUUACUGAGAAACAACAACAUGUAGAUAAAGAAAGUACAGUUUGUGGUGGACAUAAAUACAAAGACAAAAGAAAUGAGUUGAAACAAAGUAUUAUGCGCAAAAUAGAUCGUAAAUCUAUGUACCGAAAUUCGGAUCAAAGACUUGAGGAAGAUAAAGUUCUUAAAUUCAGAAUGACUUGCUACAGGUCUGGGAAUCAUUGUGUUACAUCUCAAGAAGUUGCAUGUUCUUUGGGUGGAAAAUUACAAGAAAAAUUUAAUUGGAUUGUGGAUCUAGUUAAUCAUGAUUUGGAAGCGGUCACAAAUAUUAGAGAAGAUCUAGUGUAUUUGGGAAUUUCUUUAACACCUGAUUCUCUGCAUAGACGGAAUAUAAUUAAUUUUGGGCCUACUACAUUACGAGCUACAGUCUGUUACAAUCUGCUACGAUUGGCAUCUCCAAAUCCUGGGGACAUAAUUCUGGACCCAUUGUGUGGAGGUGGUUCUAUUCCAGUUGAGGGUGCAAUGGCUUUGCCUGGUUGUUACAAUAUGGCCGGUGAUAUUCAUCCAAUGGCUAUUUCAAGAGCUUUUGAAAAUAUUCAGAAUAUGAGAUUUGAAAGGAAAGGAUAUAUAGAUCUAAGUCAUUGGGAUCCAUUCGGAAAGCGCAGUGGAUCAAAACAAAACAACCAGAAUUUGUACCAGAAAGCUAUGUUGGAAAUGGGGCGCUGCAUUGUUCCUUCCGGACGUGCUGUGUGCCUUACUUGGGACAGAGCAAACCUCACUAGGACCAUACGAGCUUAUGGUUCAUUGUGGUCCAUCGUGAGAAUUGCAACAAUCAAUUUAGGUGGACUGCAAGCUACUGCGUAUGUGUUGAAAAGAGGUUCGGAAUCACUUGAUACAAUUUUAGAAAAGUUGCAAAAAAGGAAGAGGAGGAAGUGAUUUAUGUUGAUUAGAAUAAUUUGUUGGCUGGAAAAGUAAAAAUUGGAAACACAAGCAGAGGUGCAUUUCUGGGCCUAAAAUUUUAUAAAUCAAGCCCUGGUUGUGCCUGUAAUAAUUGUCUCAGGACAGACAUGCAAAAUACUUAUAAUCCUGAUUUUUUGCAGUUAUAAAUAAUUAUGGACUGAAAUUACUGCUACGGAAGAUUGACUGCCUGAUUAUGUGAACUUUCUGAUUAUGGUAGAUUUGAGAAAUAACUACCUGCAACUAAAUUAAAGAAAGAUUGGUAACACAUGCCAUCAUUUCUGAAAUAAUAUGUUACCUAAGUCUUUAGAAAAUGACUUAGACAGGCACACUGCCAUUAUGUCUAUUUUGUUUCUCAAUAUUUCUCAAAUAAAAUGAAUUACAACUUUGAGAAGAAUGAUGUUUACUACUGAUAUAAGAAAUGUAAAAUUAUGUUCAUUUUAGACACAUUUAUGUUAAUGUGUUUGCUAAUGAGUGAUACCAUUUCAAGUAUAGACAAUUUUCAUUAGCUUAUAAUUCUCAGUUAUUGUUUUAAAUGAGGUCAGUGAUUUCAGAUUUUUCAUGACCUGUAGACCUCCUAUUUCUUCGUAUUUCCUCCUAUUUCUUUAACCCUACAGUAGUCAUGCAGAAAUUUUGCACAAAUUUAUUUUAAUUUUUCCUUUUAAUGUAUUUGUUCUCGGGAAUCACAUGUUUUCAAUGCCUUUUCUACAAACAAUGGUCUCAACAAUUCUUUCAUUUCUGCUUGAUCAAUGUGGUGAUUUUAGAAUUAUUAGUGAUGGCAGGCUCCUCAGUCUAUCGCAACUACUAGCCUUACAUCUUUUGCUCAGAAUAUUUGUAUAAAGAAAAAAUAUAUGUAUGAAUAAAGUGAAUGAAAUGUUUAAAAUUAUAUGUGUGGUGUUCUAUUUCUGUUUAGUUUUUUCUCUCAUUCGAUUUUUUAAACGUGUGUUUAAAAAAUUCUUCCAUAUAGUACAUAAACUUUGAAACACUUCUCCAGAGAUUCAAGUUACAAAAUUAGUCUUCCAUUGACAAUAACUUGUUAUUAAUCUAUUUUUAAUACUUGCGAGCCUUAUCUAUGUAGGUUCCUACCUAGAUAUAAAUAACCAUAGGGUAAUUUGACUUAUCUGUUUUUCCUUUAUUCACUUUUGGACUCUGUCCACCGUGACCAUUCCCGUCUCAAAAUAGUGUGACUGCUGGAGGGUUAAGGCUUGUGUUUGUUGUCAAAAUUAUUCUCUUCUCCCAUUCACACAAACAUUUAUAUUAGAAAAUUUUUUCUACCCUUAUUUAUGUAUUAAUACCAAUAGUUUUUACAAAAGAUUACCUUUAUACAAAACUACAAUAUACAUUAUUUAUUUUUGGGUGAUAAAAUAACUUGUAUUUUAAAAAUAAAACAAAUGGUUUUGAAGUA